GUCAACAAAACUCUGGCUGCUGAUCCGGCCACCACGCCCCUGCCCCUGCGUGCUGCCUACCAGGCCACCUACGCGCAGCUGCUGGUGGAUCUGCUCAAGUUCUUGGGCUACUUCCUACAGAAUGCCCUGCUCACGAAGCCGGUUCAGUGUCUCUACACCGCCACCUUGCGCCUCUUUUUGGUGCUCUUCUAUGACUUUCCCGAGUUCAUAUCGGACUACUGUGCCCUCUUCUGUGAUCUGGUGCCUUCUAACGCACUGCAGUUGCGGAAUCUGAUUCUCUCAGCUGCACCCAGUCGUGACACACCGCAGAUUGAUCCGCUCCAGACGCACCCUAUCGACCAGCGGGCCCUGCUUGAAGAUCCCACAGGCUACUGCAUGGAGGCCGGCCUUCGCCUGCCGCCGCCCCUACGUGCCGAA